CACCCACUGAAGCCAAGGCAUGUGAGACUGCUGUCCACUAAAAUGGGCCUGAAGGUCGCAUGGGACCCACCCAAAGAUGCUGCCAGUAGACCUGUGGAGCAUUACAACAUUGCCUAUGGGAAGUCACUGAAAAAUCUUAAGUACGUCAAGGUGAAUGCGGAGACAAACUCCUUCCUUAUUGAGGACGUGGAGCCGGGGGUGGUGUAUUUUGUGCUGGUUACUGCAGAGAACCACAGUGGAGUGAGCCGCCCCGUUUACAGAGCUGAGAGCCCACCCGGAGGUGAAUGGAUCAAGAUUGAUGGUUUUCCCAUUAAGGGUCCAGGACCAUUUAAUGAGACCGCCACAGAAAAGGAAGUGCCCAACAAGCCUGUGCGCAUGCGUGUCCGAGCCUCAGAUGACAGGCUGUCCGUUGCAUGGAAGGCGCCACGCCUGUCUGGAGCCAAGAGUCCACGCAGAUCUCGGGGUUUCCUUCUGGGCUAUGGGGAAAGUGGCCGGAAGAUGAAUUAUGUCCCACUGACCAGAGAUGAGCGAUCACAUGAAAUUAAAAAGCUCGCCUCUGAGUCGGUGUAUGUGGUCUCCCUGCAGUCCACCAACUCCCAGGGGCAGAGUCAGCCCGUCUAUAGGGCUGCCCUCACGAAACGGAAGAAUUCAGAGGACAGUGAGCUGGAUGUACCUGAAGAUAUCAGUGUCCGGGUCAUGUCAUCCCAGUCCGUACUCGUAGCCUGGGUGGACCCUCUUGUGGAGAAACAGAAGAGAGUUGUCGCGUCAAGACAGUACACUGUGCGCUACCGUGAGAAGGGGGAGUCGGCCAGAUGGGAUUACAAGCAAGUGUCUAACAGGCGUGUAUUGGUGGACAACCUGAUCCCAGACACGGUGUAUGAAUUCGCAGUCCGGAUUUCACAAGGUGAACGAGACGGCAAGUGGAGCGCCUCCAUCUUCCAGAGAACGCCGGAAUCCGCUCCCACCACUGCCCCGGAGAACCUGAAUGUCUGGCCAGUCAGUGGCAAGCCCACGGUUGUCACCGUGUCCUGGGACGCAUUGCCAGAGACCGAGGGGAAAGUGAAAGAAUACAUUCUUUCAUAUGCCCCGGCUCUCAAACCAUUUGGAGCAAAGUCCCUCACCUUCUCUGGACACACCACUUCUGCCCUGGUGGACGGUCUGCAGCCUGGGGAACGUUAUCUGUUCAAAAUCCGGGCCACAAACAGGAGAGGCCCGGGGCCACACUCCAAAGCCUUCAUUGUCGCUAUACCAACAACCAGUUCCCCAGAGACCAGUGCACACCACGAUGGAAGGAACAUCCGGAAACCUGAGAAACCUCAGCCUUCUCCCCUUACUCCUAAAAGUGCAGCUUCUUCAGAACACACUCCCCCAGCCAAAAAUGCCAAGGAUGAUCUCCUUGACUUAAAGAACAAAAUCCUGGCUAACAGUGUUUCGCCUCAGAAAACCCAACUUCACUCUAAAAUGGGGGAGCUGGAUCCCCAGACUACGGACGUCAAUGGUGAGGAGGAGCUGGAUUCCCUUGAAGAUCCUCGUCCAUCACGGGUGGAAACCCUAGACCGGAGGCGACCCCUGAGGGUUCCAAGUAGAUCUGGUCAUUGGGUUCCAGCUCCUGGCAGGACUCCAGCGAGGACUGGCCUACCAGUGCUGCCCCGCAAGGAGGGGAUGGAUAGGCGUGGCUCCUCCCUGGUCCCCAAUCCUUAUCCAGGAGUUGAAUCUUCAGUGAUGGCCUCUUCUACCUACACCCAGCUCAGCUCUACAGACAAUGAUUCCACGAACCAAAAUGAGGACAAUCAGGAAGUUUCCCCUGACCCUAAAGCUGCUUCUUCCCAGACACCUAAGAAUCCAAUUGGGUCCAAGCCCACCGCAACCCCUCGCCACCGUGUGGCUUCUAACACGCUCAGGGACAAAAGCAGGCUGCUCCCAGGGGCGAAGGCAGAGUCGUCUGCCACCAGUGAGGAGGAUUCCAGUGUUGCGGCCCAACCCCUGGGUCACGGCCCCCUGCACAGAGGCUCCUCUCGACCACACUCCAGAUCCCAGCUUUCUCGGGGCUGGAAGGACCGCCAGGAUGCUCCUUCCCGCGCCGCUGUGUCACCUUCCGGCUCUUCUCGCCCCUUUUCCCUGACCGCAGGCUCAGAGGAAGAGGACACUUCUGAUGGUGAAGGAGAUGUUGACAGAGAUGCAGGGGACACCAGAAGGCAGGCUGAGGUCACUGCUCAGACCCAGCAAACCCGGCCUGCCUUGGGACACUUCAGUUUGACACGGAAUAAGCCCUUCUCUGCCCACAGCAGAAAUCCGAACAGAUUCCCCAGGUUCCGGGGACUAGGACUGCAGCCCGCUGGGUCUCCUCAGUCUACCUCAGCUCCGAAAGUCCUCACCAGGUCUCCUCCACAGCCAGCAUCCCACACCAGGUCUAAUGUUUAUGGAGGUGGUGAGGAUGAAGAGCCACUUCCAGCCUCGUCCAGGCACCCAGCCUCUGGGGGAUGGGACACCCUAAGAAGAGGCCCCCAGAGAGGGGCCAGCUUGUACAGGAAGGAUCCCAUCCCAGAAAACCCCAAAGUUGCUGGAGCAGAUGUACAUCCUGGGGGCAAAUUCCCUGUGUCCCCCAAGGCACGGGACUUUGAACAGAGAACCAACGAGGACGCCCAUCAGACAUCCCCAGGGUCUAACAGCCGCCAGUUACCCCCUGCUCGGCUUCCAGCACCGAGGUCACAGCCCUUCCCUGGGUCCACUGUUCCCAGAAGAAUGACACCUGGCCGCAGCUCAGAAGUUUCUAGUUCUCAGAGUAAGAGUGAUGAGUCAGGGCGUGACCGGUCACACACAAUGAACUCCCAUGGGGUGCUCCCCUCGGCUUCCCGGAGUCAGGAUGAGGAGUCCCAGAGCAGCUAUGAGGAAAACAGCACUGAAAUUGAGACUCCAGAUUCCCGGACUCUCACUCGUGCUACUCCAUCCACAUUCAGACAUCGGCAGGCGGGCUCCCAGAUAGGGAACAGCGAUAGCAGCCCUCAGCCCAGUCACACAGGAGCCUCUGUGAGACCCAGCCGGCCUGGCAGCCCCCAUCCCCGGGCCCAGGUUCCUGGCAGGGCUGGAUUCCAGGCCACACCAGUGAAGAAGAUCUCUCCUUCCAAGGGUCCCCUGCCUCCUGAAUCUCUGCAGUCAGUCUUUACUGAGGAGGAGGAGGAGGAAGAGGAAGAGGAAAAGGAAGGACUUUUAAAAGGCAAGGAAGACUCUCUGUCCACCUCAAAGUGGCCUUCUUCCUCCUCCCACAGGGGCAAUAAAUAUGCGGACAGAAACUUUGACAAAGAUAGGGCUGCGGUUGGGCUGGUUCCCCAGGGAGGGAGCCUUGUGGAGGAGGAGAACGCCAUCCCUGGAAGGCGACCACCAGGCAGCCCUUCAAUAGCCACACACCCACCUCCACGGUACCAGCCUCGAAACCCUGCUACUGCAAGUCCCAUGGCCAGCAGCCACUCCUGGCCAAGGUAUACCACCCGUGCCCCUCCCAGCUACUCCUCUACAACGCCCAUGCUUUCCUUGCGCCAGCGGAUGCAGCGACGAUUCCGGACCCCAGUCUCGCGCUACCCGCCGAGACCCGUGCUCGCACAAGGUUACAAUGGACGUCCAAAUGUAGAAGAGAACAUACCUCCUGGCAGUGUUGGAAAACCGAACAGACAAAAGAUUAUCAAUGGUCCCCAAGGAACAAAGUGGGUUGUAGACCUGGAUCGUGGCUUGGUCUUCAAUGCUGAAGGGAGAUACCUCCAAGACUCACAAGGCAACCCUCUCCGGGUUAGACUCGGGGGAGAUGGUCGCACCAUCGUGGAUCUGGGAGGAACUCCUAUGGUGAGUCCCGAUGGCCUCCCCCUCUUUGGGCAGGGGAGACAUGGCAAACCUCUGGCCAGUGCCCAGGAUAAACCCAUCCUGAGUCUCGGAGGGAAGCCCCUGGUGGGUUUGGAGGUCAUCAGAACAACCACUCAUCCUCCCACCACCACCAUGCCACCAACCACGAUGACCACCACUGUGCCUACCACCACAACCCUUCAACCCCAAACCACCACCACCCGCCGGACCACCACCCGCCGGAUCGCCACCACUACCACGCACCGCACGACCACCACCAGGCGUCCCACAACUACAAUCCGAGCUACCCGGAGGACAACCACCACCACCACCACCACCACUCUGGAACCUACCACCCUUUCUCCUACCUGUCCCCCUGGGACCGUGGAACAACAGGACGAAGCCGGUAACCUUAUCAUGGGCACAAAUGGAAUCCCAGAGUGCUACCCUGAGGAAGAUGACUUCUCAGGCCUGGAGACUGACACAGCAUCACCCACAGAUGAGGACUACGUUGUGUAUGAUGACGAUUAUGGAUUUGAGACCACAAGGCCACAGACCACCAUCAUACCCUCGACCACUGCUGCCACACCGAAGGUCAUCCCAGAGCAAGGCACUGUCAGCUCCUUCCCAGAGGAAGAAUUCGAUCUGGCUGGAAAGAAACGAUUUGUUGCUCCUUACGUGACGUACCUCAGCAAGGACCCGUCGGCCCCAUGCUCCCUGACAGAUGCUCUGGAUCACUUCCAAGUGGAGAGCCUGGAUGAACUCAUUCCAAACGACCUGACGAAGAAUGAGCUGCCUCCUCAGCAUGCCCCCCGCAACAUCACUGUGGUUGCCAUGGAAGGCUGCCACUCAUUUGUCAUUGUGGACUGGAACAAAGCCAUCCCUGGAGACGUGGUGACAGGGUACUUGGUCUACAGUGCCUCUUAUGAGGACUUCAUCAGGAACAAAUGGUCAACACAGACUUCGUCAGUGACCCACCUACCCAUUGAGAACCUGAAGCCAAACACAAGAUACUACUUCAAAGUUCAAGCCAAAAACCCUCAUGGCUAUGGGCCUGUCAGCCCUUCUGUCUCGUUUGUUACGGAAUCAGAUAAUCCUCUGCUUGUUGUGAGGCCACCAGGUGGUGAACCCAUCUGGAUCCCAUUUGCUUUCAAGCAUGACCCCAGCAACACUGACUGCCAUGGUCGGCAGUAUGUGAAGCGGACGUGGUACAAGAAGUUUGUGGGGGUCGUUCUUUGUAACUCACUAAGGUAUAAGAUCUACCUCAGCGACAACCUGAAAGACACAUUCUACAGCAUUGGAGACAGCUGGGGGAGAGGUGAAGACCAUUGUCAAUUUGUGGAUUCACAUCUGGAUGGAAGAACAGGGCCUCAGUCUUAUGUGGAAGCUCUCCCCACUAUUCAAGGCUACUACCGCCAGUACCGCCAGGAGCCCGUCAGCUUUGGCAACAUUGGUUUUGGAACCCCCUACUACUACGUGGGCUGGUACGAGUGUGGAGUCUCCAUCCCAGGAAAGUGGUGACCACAAGAUCAGCUGGCUGCAAGUUCACCCUCCCAGCCUGCUUGACUAACUUGCACUAGGGACUGUGGGCGAGAGAAAGACAGCGUUCCAAGCCCAACAUCCCAGGGUAUCAGGAGGCCACAGGGUGGACACAGAGCAUCUGGUCCUCUUUGGUCAGAAUUUGGCCACAUUUCUUGGUCUGGACUAUAAAUAGAAUUCGGUUUUGCUGAAACUUCUUCACGCCUUAUCUGUAAUCACACAUUCCACAGACAUCAACCUAACAGCAGAUCCAGUGUGACUUCCAGACUCUUCCGGCACAAAAUUUGGACACUCGAGGAUCUCCAGGGAACGGCACCGGCAUGCUAUGUUUGCUUUACAGAAUGCUCUUUGCUGUUCUCGUCUUUGAAACAAUGGAGUUUAAGCUUCACAUUUGUCUGUAUGACGUAAAAUUGAAUUACUGAAAUUACCAAAGGAAACACACUCCCUUUGAGAUUUAUACUAAAGACUUAUCCACCACUGGGCAAGGUGCUUCAAUCCUAUUUGUAAAUUCUCAAUUUUGAUAUAUAUGUGUAUGUAUAUAUGCAUAUACGUAUCUACACUCGUCAAGAAUAUUGAUUAAACUUGCUAAAUUUCUUUUUGUUCUUUAGACGAAUGUGUGUGUGACGACUAUGUGGACAAAGUUUCUGUCUGUUAAUAUCUUCCUGGGGUGUCCAUGGGAUAGAUUUUCUGCAGAAUAUAGAUUCUGUGCAAAGGUAUGCAUGCUUCUGGUAGUUGCUGCUGGACUCGGGCCAUGAUGGAGGCAUUGAUGUACGGCACAGUUACCAGCCACCGUGCCUUCCUCCAGUCAUUUAAUAUC